CCCAAUUCUCAAUUCCCCGACGCUCAGCCGUCGCAACAAAUCGCGGAGCACUCGCCGUCGUCCGUCACCGGGCUGUCCAACCUACGUCGACUCCGGACGCAUCGCUCGCCAUACGAUCAGCCCUCCGUUCGCUGUACGGGCUCGCGGGUUGCGACCCUAAUAGCUGACUGAUUCUAGGCGCCAUGUCACUGCCCGUCGACGCCGCCAUCAUCCAGUUCACCCAGAUCCUAUUCUCCCAUGCGCCAGCCGGCCCCGUGGGCCGUGAGUCCGUGAUCCAGCGUCCCAGGACCCAGGCUCCCAGUACCAGCCUCUUCUAUCCGGCAUCCAGCGAGCAGCAAAUCCAGAGACCUCGACUCCUCCUAACCCUAGCCGCCAGGCUCCAGUGCUCCACCGCUCCAGCAGAUCCCGGACCCGGAAGCAGCGAGGAAACACAGGGCGACCAAGGCCCGUCUGGACUCUGGAUCCGCCGGUCCGCCACUCCGCCCCUCAUCUCCGACCUGAGCGCGCCGCCCUGCCCCGCCCCGCCUCUCCCUCGAGCGCUGUCCGCGCCUCCGCGCCUCCGCGGUCCGCGUCCGGCCGUCCGCCCAGGGCCCAGGCAGUUGCUGCCUGCUGGCUUGCUGCCGUCCGCCAGGCCGCCUAGGCACACAGCACACUACUUCUACAGUUCUACGGCCAGCGCCCAGCGGUCCAGUCCAGCUUCCAAAUGGCUAGUGAGGACUCGAAAGAUAUGCUGAAGAACGUGGACUGGAAGACCGUGGGCGGUGCUGUGACUACUGAAUCUAGCCAGCCAGUUGUCAAGAAACGCCUUCCGAAGAAGAUCAGACAAGUCCCUGAGUGCUAUUUUCUGCCUCGGCGAUCUUUGCCUUCUGCACUGGCAAUCUAUGGUGCCGUGUGUGCUGCUGGAGUUGGUGCAGGAAUGCUGAUCGAGGUGUGGAUAAACAAAAAGAUCAAAGAGGAUAGUGCUAUUAUCUGGGAGAUGGAUAAAUGAUGUGCAGUUCUGCACCACACUUUGAUAUGGUGGAAGCAGUUUCGGCACUGCGAUAUUUGCUAGCUCUCAAGUUAAGAAUUUUGUUUAUAGGAUUCCUUCGUCCGUUUGUUUUAUUUUGAUUGAGGUAUUGCCAAGAUGGAUUCAAGAACGUUCAUCCGCAGUUCAUUUACCAGAACACGAGUAAAAACUCUGGCUGCUGAAAAUAUAGCUCCACCACAACUCUAAAAUAACUUAUAAUUUGAAAUCGAGGAAGUAUUUCUGUUAUCAUGCUAAAUAAAAUGUUGUAUAUUCUAGUUUUUUUUCACAUGACUCCCUCGGUUCCUUGGAAGUGCAACACAGCACUUGCUUGUUUCAGGUUUUUCUCUCUCUUUUGCCUCUAUUCUCCACAAAUGAGAACCGAUGCUAAGGGCAUGUACAAUCCACACUGUAUCUUAAGGGAUAUAUGAGGGUGUAAAUGAAAAAAAGAAUGAUAUAUGAGGUUUUAAAUGAAAAAAAAAGAAACAUAUCUUGGUUAAGGAAUGUCUAUGUCACAGUUUUCUAAGUCUAAGGUACGGUUCUACACUUCUACUUAUACAAUUCAAAUAAAUGAGUUAUCUUUUAAGUGAUUCUAGUGAAUAAGAUAAAAAAAUUUAGAUACAUUAGGUUGUAUGAAGAGUUUCUUAGAUGUAUCUAGUGCUUGGAGAACUAUAACAUAGUAAUUAAGUUGUACAUGCUCUAGGAACAUGUUUGGCUGAGCUAUAGGAUAGGUUGUGCUCGGUAGAUCGUUUAUAUGGUCAUUGCACUGUAUAUUACUCUGUUUAAAAAAAUGAAGUUUGAAAUAGGUGGUGUGGUGGUAGGUGGGAUAGGAAGUCUGCUAGAGAUAGCCUUUAUGAAAAUGUUGGUGUGCAUUAUGGACUUUUAAAAAUUGUUUUGAAGUCUAAGCUAUGAGAGAAAGUUAAAAAUGUGUUUAAUUAAACAUUUGAUUUUUGAUAAACCUGUUGUAAGUCUCUCUUACGAGCGGAAUCCACAUCUCAUCCAUAGUCCUCCCAACUUGGGGCAGGAUUGAGUGCUGCAGCAGGGCCCAUUGGCAGGACCAGUGAAAAGGGAUCUGGGAUAUGCUACACUUACAGCUGCAGCAAAGGUGCCUUCGUUGGUGUUUCACUGGAAGGGAAUGUGGUGACAACUAGAAUGGAAACCAAUCUCCGCUUCUACGGUGAUGCAUACCAGACGGCAACCCAUAUCCUGUUUGGGAGGGUGGAGCGGCCCCGAGCUGCUCAGCCCUUGUUUGCUAGCCGAUUUAGGGCUUCUUAAGGGUGGAUUGAAGAUGAUUAGAGAGGAUUAAAUCGAUUGAUAGUCAAAUUAAAUAGAAAGAGAGUUAAUCCCCCUCAAUCCUUUUCUAUCCGCAUGCAACCGAUCCAUGCUUUAGAUCAUUGGAUGGUUUCACUACUGACACCAGUCCACACAUUAAAUAUUAGCAGAGUAUUUAGUGUUAGAUUAUUGUAGAAAUUACGAUUUAGACUUGUUUCUAAAUGAAUAAUUUUAUAUAUAAUUAGAAGAUCAUGAUCGGUUGAGAGA